AUGUCGAUGAUGUUGUUCUUGUGGGAAAUGACUCGAGAAAAAAUACAAGCAACCAAGGACUUUCUGGAUAAGCGAUUUAGCAUCAAAGACCUUGGACCCUUAAAAUAUUUUCUGGGCAUUGAGGUCGCUAAAACCAAUGAAGGUAUGGUUUUAAGUCAACGAAAAUACACAUUGGACAUACUUGAAGAUGUUGGUGUGCCGGGUUGUAGACCAAGUUCUUUCCCCAUGGAACAAAACUUGAAACUUGAUAUGUGCGACAAGGAACCUCGUGUCGAUGCUAAUCAAUACCGUAGAUUGACUGGAAGACUUCUUUAUUUCCAAGCUACGAGACCUGAUAUAGCUUAUGCGGUGAACAUUUUGAGUCAGUUCGUCAAUGAUCCUAGACAAACUCACAUGGAGGCUGCUACUCGUGUCUUGCGUUAUUUGAAGGGAACUCCAGGACAAGGUAUUCUCAUUCCUAAAGAAGGCGGGGUGAAUCUCUUAGCCUAUUGUUAUUCCGAUUGGUUAGGAUGUCCAAUGACUAGACGGUCCAGAACUGGUUAUUUACUUCUUCUUGGAGGAGCUCCUAUUUCUUGGAGGACCAAAAAGCAGUCAGUUGUCUCCAAAUCCUCAGCAGAAGCCGAAUAUCGAGCCAUGUCUAAUGCUGUUAGUGAAAUCUUGUGGAUGAGGUGGCUUUUAUGCGAGCUUGACAUGGCCCCUGUCGGACCGACCCAAUUGUUUUGCGACAAUCAAGCUGCUCGUCACAUAGCAAAUAUGUGA